GUUUCGUGACCGAUUCUCUCAGUGAUGUCUUAAUAAUUCACCCUAGUUGGCAAGUGGCAGAAAUGUUUUAGAGCUAGCCAAAGAACGAAAUUGCAUUCAAGUUCAUAUUUCUGUAUUUGGAUAUUGUGCAAGAUAUCACAACAAUCAGACUGACCAAACUCAUUUGUUUUUUAAAAAGUUAAUUCAUUUACAUAUGACAUGGUUAAGCAGGUCAUUUUCGAAGAAUCACAUAGAAAAUACCUUGAAAAAGUAGCUGUACAAACCAAGUGUACAGCAGGUUUAAUUUUGGGACACAUAACAAGCAACAAAGAUUAUAUUGCAAGCUUUAUAAGAUGUCCAUCUCCGACUGAUGGUGAAAACGUUAAGCAAUGGAAUGGUGUCAAAGACGUUGAAGGUUCUUGGGUGGCUGGUCAUUCAGCACAAAUAAUUUCGAGUCUACCUGGAGGUAUUAAUAUUGUUGGUGUAUUUUUGAUUGCACCGACUGAAGAAGCAAAACAAGUAUCAGAAAAACUGAAGCAAAUUGUUUAUCAAGCGUACAAGCUUGUAUCAAAAACAUUCAGUGAAGUAGACAAUUAUCUCCAGGAUUCAGAUGAAUCUUUAUUUUGGACAGUUAUGCAUGUUGAUGUCAAAAAUGGUUUGGUUGCUUCUUGUCGUCAAUAUGAUGUAAAAGACAACAAAGAUAUCGGUAGGCCUAUGGAUCUGAAAAUAGUUGAUGCUCCAAUACAGUGGGAAUGCUGUCAAACAACCUUGAAUAUCAAUAAAGUUAAAUCAGAAAGAGUUCUAACCCAAUGCAUUUCUGCCGAUAUUUUUAAAUCUAUGUUGAAACUUUUUCAAGACCAGGUGAAAAAUGCUAUUGUUACUAUAGAACAGAAACACAGAGUUGAAACAGAUGUACUAAAUCCUUCAUCCACUAGCAAUCACUCUGCAAAAGGGUCUAAGAAAAAGAAACCUGUCGUUAAGUCACAAUCGGCAAAAACAGUGUCAUGUCAAAUUUUCAUCCCAACCUCUUUACAGAUAGAAAAUCCUGAUUUGUACCAUAGUCUUCAGGUUUGUGGAAGCAUUACAGCAAAAGCAUAUUUGCCUCCAAACUCAACAGUAGGACAAGCAGUGAUAGCACUUAAAAGAGAUAUUCUGCAGUCUAUUCACCAAAGAAUUGAAAUAUUAUCUGAGGAUCCAAUUGACCUAUCAGGUGGGGAACAAAAAAUAUCAGUCUCUUUUCCGCGAAGAGUAUUUGCAAGUAAUGGCCAAAAUGAAACUAUUUUGUAUUCGGAUUAUAUACUACAUGAUGAGCCUUUGAACGACUGCUUGGAAAGAUUUAAAGACAAUUUAGAUAUGGAGUUGCAAUCCAAUGAACUUAGUAUGGAAAACUCUUUUGAAAAGUUCAAACCAGAACGAGAUUGCUCUCAGGGUGAAGCCAUCGAGAGCGAGAUGGAAGGAAUACAUGAAGGGGCGAGUAAAACUAAUGCUGUUAUUGCUCUUGUGGCAACAGCUGUAGCAUUCUUAGGGUGGAUAUUCUCUGGGCUUGUUAUAAAUGAAAAUUAAGAAUUUGUCAAUUCUUCGCUCUCAAAUGUCAAACAAUGAUCAUUACUUGGGAGAUCUGUGCAGGCAUCAGCAUGCUGUAAUUUGCAACGAGAUUAUGCCCAAAUAGGGUGAGGGAGUAGAAUUUCCAGAUAAUUGAAUUUUUUUCUUUCGCAUUUCUUUUAAUAGAUAUAUGUAGUGGUGGUGUGGUUGCAAGAUUACAGUGAAAGUGCAAUAAAAUUAUAUGGUGAAAUAAAUUGUUCUACAUCUGGAUGUCA